AUGACUACAAAGGCAAAGGCACCGCCACCGUUGUCAAAAAUCUAUUAUGUGGAUCUAGUAUUGAUCGGUCUCACCGUUAUCCUCGGCACCUUAGGUCUUCUAUUCCCUAAAGUUCCGUUGCUGAUAUGGCUUCCAUCACUACUUCUUUUGUGUUCUUCAUGCGUUUCAUUGUCAGCGCUGAUAUAUCUGAACAAGGGCAUAGCUCUUCGAUCACGUGAUAAUCUACUUUUUUACAUAUUGCUCACUGCAGUUCUCAUUAUAUUCAGGAUUUUCUGUGUCUGCCUACUUCUUAUUGGCGUUUUCGUACCGCAUGCCAUCGUCUGGAUAAGUGUAUCACUAGCUACUGUGGCUCAAGCGCAUGCAAUUUUUGGUGUGAUAGCCGUUGGCAAGGUGACCUUCUACAGACUUAGCUUGGAUAAACGAAACACUUGGAAGGACUCGAAAUACGCAUCUCAUCGAAUAGAAGAAAUCGCCAUCGUGAAUUUGAGCACAAGUCGUGCCACUCUUGUGACCAACAUCGAUGAGGCCGAGUUAGUGCACUUCGACUCCCCGUAG